ACGCUGUGAAGAAGCCGGACCAUCGGAAGCGCUUUGCGCAUGACAAUAAGAGUGUCGUCACGUAUCUGAGAUGGUAUUUUUAAUCAUCUGUUGCAGUUUUUAAGAUUUUUCGGCCUUAACAUGAUUGUCAAUUACAGUAGUAGCAGUUCUGAAGAUGAAACUGAAAACUCUUCAAAAAAUGAUUCCUCACCUUCAAGGAAAAGAGGAAAACUUGACAAUGAAAGCAGCACCAGUGAACCUUUGGAUCUUGGGUCUGUUAAAAGCAAAGCAGGCAAAUCAGCCCACCUGACACCUCGUCUGCCUCUUCCCGAGAGUGUAAGGGAGAUGUUCGGAGAAUCAGAAGAAAAGUGGACCGAUAAAAGUGAUGAGCAUGGAGGGCGAAUGCGGUCCUUCCAGCACGAGCGGGGCAACUGGGCUACAUACAUGUUCUUUCCUUAUGACCCUGAGGAGGCCUUUCUGGAGGUGCUAAAUGAAAUGAUGCUGGUUGCGGCAGCCCACGGCAUCCCUCUGGCCCUAUCUGAAGAGUUUCACCUCAGUCUCUCAAAGACAGUGGUUCUGCGGCAUCACUGGAUUCAACCGUUCAUCCAGUCCAUUCGGACUGGUGUGACACAUUUCCAGAAGUUUUUCUGCUUGGCUGAUAAACUGAUGGUGUAUUCUAAUGCUGAAAAGACUAGUUCAUGCAGGACAUUCCUUGGUUUGGAAAUCUCCACUGGAAAAACUCAGUUGCUUGAGCUCAUCAAAAUACUGGAUCAAACCAUGAAAGAAUUCAACCUCAGCACCUUUUAUAAGGAUCCUUCUUUCCACAUAAGCCUUGCUUGGUGUGUGGGUGACCACACGGAAAGCCUAAAAAAGGCAUGUUUAUCAGAAUUGCAGAGUCUCAUUGACGCUCAUGAAGAUGGGCCUUUUCACAUACGGCUCAACUGCACAGAGCUUCGCUGCAAAACGGGAAAUAAAGUCUUUCUUUUCUCCCUCCAAUGAUCGUGAAACUAUGGAAGCUUCUUUCUGCCACAGAAUAAAAAUAUAAAAAAGCUAAUUGCGACUUUCUCACAAUUGACUUUUUUUCCUUGUUUAUAUCUCAAUUCGAACAAGAUAUAAACUCACAAUUCUCAGAAAAAGUCAAAAUUGUGAGAUUUACACUUGCAACUAUGAGCAAGGUCAGAAUUGUGCGAUAAAGUCAGAAUAAGCUUUUUUAUAUUUUUAUUCUGUGAAAUAAGCUUCCAUAUGAAACACUGUUUAGUAGUGAUGUGGAUUUUGAGGUUUUCCUAAUAUAAUGAAAGUUUUGAACCAA